AUGGACUGGACCAGAGGCCACAUUACAGGCCAUGGCUCUACAACAGCCGUGUCAGUCGCCCUGUCACGCUGCACCGGUGAGAUAUUUUUUGUCAAGUCCACGGAGAUUUCUUGAUCCGAUUUCUUACAAAAUGAGCAAAAAGUUCUAUCAAAAUUGAGCUCUUCUUAAGUAGUUGACUACAAGGGGUACGAUGUAACUAGAGGGAACAACAAGGUAAUGUUCAAUCUUAUGAUGGAGUACAUGCCCGAUGUAACACUCAUCGAACAGGGAGGCCGAUUGAAUGAGGAAUUGAUCCGACACUACAUGAAAAAAAUUGUUCAAGGACUAGACUACCUACAUUCGAAAGGGAUAGUACAUUGCGACAUCAAAGGUCACAACAUUUUGUUAUGUAACACUGAUGUCAAAAUUGGGGAUUUCGGAUGUUCUAAACGUGUUGAUGGUGUGACAAUUGGUGGCACUAUGUUCAUGUCACCAGAAGUAGUUCGUUAGGGAAGAACAUGGGUUUUUGUUGAUAUAUGAUUAGGAUGCACGAUUAUUCAAAUGGCCAGAGGUGGUUCACCGUGGACUAACUUAUUAAGUUUACAUACAACAAUGUUUAUCACUCGAGUGUUCAGAUGA